AUGUCCAGUUCAAAUCCAUCUCGGCCGAGCAUGGGAGGCCGUCUACUCAGUACUUUCCUCAAUCGUCCUAUCAAUGAUCAUGGAUCAGGGUGGUCGAGUUUAUGGGAUUCUGGCGAAAGCGAUCUUUGGGAUCGGGGAAAGGCAUCGCCAGCACUAGUCGAUAUUGUCGAGCAAGAAACCCAGCUCCUUAACCCGUUCACCGUGGAGGGACACCGGAAAAAGGCAUUUGUCCCAGGCUGCGGCCGCGGAUAUGAUGUCGUUAUGCUCGCAUUACACGGCUUCGAUGCAUACGGCCUCGAGAUUUCGGGAACGGCUGUCAAGGAGGCCGAAUCUUAUGCGUCAAAGGAACUCAAAAAGCCUUCUGAAUACCAUUUCGGAAGCAAAUCGAAUCAAGCUCGCUCCCCCGGCUCCGUAACUUUCCUAAAGGGAGAUUUUUUCUCUUCCAAUUGGAAUUUUAAAGGUGAUGUUGACCAGUAUACCAAGUUUGAUGUUGCCUACGACUAUACCUUCCUAUGCGCGUUACAUCCAGAGCAACGAAAGAAUUGGGCCGCGAGUAUGGCUCGAGUCUUAAAGCCAGGUGGUCUCCUUCUUUGCCUUGAAUUUCCACUAUACAAAGACCCCAAGCUUCCGGGGCCGCCUUGGGGCCUAAAGGGAGUUCACUGGAAUUUGCUUUCGGAAGGCGGAGAUGGUAUCAUCACGAACGACGUAGGAGAUGAUGGAAAAGAAGCGCACUCUAUCCGGUCUGAUGGAAAUUUCUGCAGAGUACUCUAUGUGAGACCCGAACGGUCGUAUAAUGCUGGUAAAGGCACAGACAUGUUGAGUAUAUACGAGCGAAAGACAGAUUAG